GCGACCGAAGCUUAUCACUGAGAUCUAGCCGCUUAUCUAACCGAUGACGCUCUUUUACGUAAAUUAAAUUUUUGCAUCUGAAUAAAAAUCUAUAAAAUCUUUGGAUAGUAAAUAAAUUGUAAUUAAUUACUAAAUCUGUUGGAGGGUUGAUUGACGAUUUUUACUUCAAAGUGAAAUAGAAUGCAAAGUGUUUGUGUUGUGUAGAUGAUGACUUCGAGAAUGGAUGGGUGUUUCUACUUAGUACUUGCUGCUUUGUUGUCUUCAAGCUGGAUAAAAGAAGUGUGCUGUCUGAGGCUGACUGAAGUGCGGAUAGAACAACACACUGUGCGAGGCAACACCUCUCAGCUGUUGUGUCAAUUCGAUCUUCAGGGAGAGACUUUAUAUUCCGUCAAGUGGUACAAGGACGGUAACGAGUUCUUCAGGUUUCUCCCGAGGGACAAUCCUCCAGCCCAGAUCUUCCCUCUGCCUGGCGUAGCUGUUGAUAUAUCAAGAUCCAACGAGUCGCACGUUACCUUAAAGGACCUGACUCUGGCUAGUAGUGGACGAUACAGAUGUGAAGUCUCAGCGGAAGCUCCUUCCUUUCAAACAGUAUCCGACCACGGUGACAUGCUUACUGUCGCUCUGCCAGAAGAAGGACCUCGUAUUUCUGGAGGCAAACCUCGCUACCAAGUCGGAGACAUCGUUAGGGUCAACUGUACCUCAGGCAGUUCCAAGCCCGCAGCACAGCUCAUGUGGUUCAUCAAUGGAGAGCAGGUGAACAGCUCCUACCUGCGCGGGCCGACUGUGCAGUUCGUAGGCAGAGAAGGUCUGGAGACGUCAACACUCGGACUGGAAUUCAAGGUGGAAGCCAAACACUUCAAGAGGGGAGACCUGAAGCUGAAAUGUUUGGCGACGAUCGCUACUGUCUACUGGAACAGCAAUGAGGAGAGUGUGGAGGGUGAGAAACCUCAGAGGUCACCAGCACUCGAGGUCAAGGACAUUCCUACAGACAGGUCAAGGGCAGACAGAGUACAAGCUUCCAAAGGUUGUGCAUUCUACGCUUGCACGGGUCAAAUCAUUCUAGCUGUGUUGUUCUCCCACCUUACCGUCACAUCGAGAUAACAGGCUCCUAUGGGACAACGUUAGAACAACCCUUGUAAUAUAAAUCCCGCCUGUAAAUAAAGGUUGCAACAUGUACGUUAUGUGGGUUUGUUUUAAUAUGCACUUAAACAUAAUUGGUAAAUUCCACAAAAUAAUAAAGAAAUAGUAACAUAUCAAGAGUUGCUCAGUAAAAUAUUAUGUUUGUAGACAACACACUUAAAUACUUAUAUUAAUUCUCAGAUUCGGAAAAAAAUCGAUGUAAUUAAUACACUGUUAUUAUAUCUAAAUCAAUCAAGAAUUGUGUCUAUAGGAGGUAAGUCAUUUUAUUAAUCAUAUAAAAUCGAAAUCUUCAUCCUCUUAUUAUCUUUAUUAUUAUAUCUUUAUCCUAUCUUGAGACUUAACUUAUUAUAGCGUUGCGAAACACCGUUUGGAAUCAGUUUUAAUACCCUCACUAUUUAAUUAUACAUCAUGUCGUUCACAUAAAAAUGUAACACUAGUCUUCAAACAAGAACUUUAUACAUCCAAUUCCUAACUCGUAUAAUACAAGACACUAAACCAAUAGACACCAAAUACAAAUGUUACAAUGUAAUUCAAUCAAUGCACAGAUUUACAAUUAAACAAUUAGCUCUCAAACCAUCACAAGAUAAUAAAAAUCAAAUUGUUUACCGACGUCUAAAAGUCUCAAAAAUUGAACAUAUUACACUGUGAGUUAAUACAAGAAGAAUAUAAACCAGCUCAAUCAGUGAGAACCCCGUUAGGAACGGUAAAUACAUUGAAACACUAUGAAGAUUGCCCACUCAAAGAAUUUUAGAGUGGCCUCCUCCAAUCCAAGGUCACGCGGUGAGACAGACGUGGCAACGCCGCACCUCCGGCCUACAGAAACAGCUGAUCCACUAAUGCAUCAAGGAGCGUCUACACGUUGAUGCUUACACGUUAGUUGUACUGUUAUUACAAUAGCAACAGGCCAGCCGGUGCGACGUUGCCAACCACCAACGCGGCCCUUGUAUUAGAGGAGGCUAUGAUUGUAGGGAAGACAUCGGAAAUAAAAUGUAUCCAACCGCAUUAACAACUUCAAUAACUUAACAUGUGUUCUCUAACUCUGGAUUUUUAACUAUUGAAACACCCACCUAAACGAUGAAGGAGUCAUAAUCACAAAACAAAUAGCAUUCAACAAGAAAUGUUAAACAUAUAAACAUCACCUAAUGAUUUUGUAUUAGUAAUCGUAUCUAAGUGAAAUAUAUCAAUAUUGUUUUGUUAACCAAGAGCGUAUUAAAACAAACCCAGUUUUUUGCUAUACUUAUAUUAUUUUUAAUCGAACAUGUGAUUAAGAUUAUUAUAGUUACCAGCAUUUUUGUAAAUAUGCACUUACAAAACACAAUGUUUGUAGUUUGAAAUAACUCACCGAUAAAUUAUUAUUUACACAUAUACAUUUUACAGGUUGAUGUAUCACGUAACUUAACCCCAUCUUGUAUUAUUAAUAAAGGUUUAACGCUUUUAUAUUGAAAAAUCUAAAUGUAGAAUUCAUCAGCAAUACAAGGAAAAAGUUACAAUUAUUAAUUUAUUGAAACUUUUCUGUUUGUUACGGAAUUUGUGAUUAAAUUCCCUACUA